GGGUGAGGUAGUUUUUGGUUAAAAAGUUGUCUCUCUUGACAAAUCUGUCGGCGUUUUUUUCUUUUAAUCAUUGGUUUUUGGAUAAAUCCGUGGUGGGUAGUUUUCAAGUGAACGAACAGCCUGCAUGUGGAUAAAUUAUCCCACUGUGACGCCACUGACCGAUUUUACCUUUGAAUCUGCACUUUGCAUAGUGCAGAUAGCAUUGAAACAGUGUUACAGACGUCAUUUCAGUGCCUAUUAUCCUAAGCUACAGCCUUGAUUUUUGUUGCUAUAUUAUUCACUAGAAGCCGGUUACCAUGUUACGACCGUAUGUUAUAUUUCUGAGUUUCGUUGGAAUUAAAUGUCUUGUAACUACUGUAAAUGGCCAGCCACAAGUCGAGACAAAAAUUGGAAAGGUUGAGGGAACAUGGCGAACAUCAUUCAACGGCAGGAAAUACGCGGCUUUCGAAGGUAUCCCUUACGCUAAACCACCAAUAGGAGAUCUGCGGUUCAAGGAACCUGAACCGAUCGAAUCUUGGUCAGGUGUUUGGAAUGCCACAAGGACCUAUGUUUGCAUACAGGCCACCUUGCAUUUAGGUCAAGUUACAGGAGAUGAAGACUGCUUGUAUAUCAACGUCUACGUACCAAAAUCCGAAAAUGAAAAAUUGUUGGAUGUGGUGGCUCAUAUCCAUGGAGGUGCUUUUAUGAUUGGAUCUGCACAAGAAUUCAUUGGUGACAAAUAUGUGAUGGAUAGAGACCUGGUUAUUGUGAGUUUCAACUAUAGAUUAGGCGCACUUGGAUUUCUUAGCACUGACGAUGAAGUAGUGCCAGGAAAUAAUGGAUUAAAGGAUCAAGCGCUGGCUCUAAAAUGGAUCCAGGACAACAUAGAGGCAUUUGGAGGCAAUCCAAAGUCUGUAACGUUAACGGGAUUUUCCGCUGGAGCUGCUUCGGUACAUUUCCACUACCUUUCACCCUACAGUAAAGGCUUGUUCCACAGAGGAUGGUCGGCCAGUGGAACAGCCCUAGGCAAAUGGACCCUGCAAGAGGAGCCAUUGAAGACAGCCAGAAGCCUGGCUCAAAUCGUAGGCUGCGAUUUAAAGGAAACCGAAAAGAUGGUGGAAUGCUUGAAAACUCGUCCCGCGUCCCUGUUAGUAGAGAAAACGAAACUGUGCUUGCAUACUUUCGGACUACUUCCUUGCUGUCCUUUAUCUCCUGUCAUAGAGAAGAGAGGAAAGAAACCUUUCCUUGCCGAUCACCCUUACAAUCUUCUCAAACAAGGAAAAGUGUAUGACGUGCCCUGGAUUAGUUCGGUCACCAAAGAUGAUGGGUUGGUGAUCAGCGCAAUGGUACGCACCAUAAUGGAUGAAACGAACGAAAAAUGGAACGAGAUUGCUGGGCAGCACCUGCUAGAGUAUUUUCGUUCGGCCCCUCAAAUUUUUGAUAAAGUCAAGAGACAUUACGAUAACGAUAAUGAUGGUACUCUCAAUUUUGAAGAGCUGACAAAGAUUGCAACUGACAGAACAUUUUUUGUACCUAUGCAAACUUCCGUGGAAUUGCAGUCCAAAGUAACCAAGUCGCCGAUCUACGUGUAUCGUUUCAAUUAUGAAGGUUCAAACAGUUUAAAAGCAUUGCUAAUGCUACCGCAGGAAGAUAAAGGCGCAUGUCAUGGUGAUGAUUUGAUCUACUUCCUGGGAGGAAUCAUAUUCAUACCACUUUCAGAGCAAGAAGUAAAACUGAAAGAUGUGUGUAUGGAUAUCCUCUAUGCGUACGCUAGCAAAGGGUAAAAUAAAUUUGUGAAUUCAUAUACGCUUACGUAAAAGAAAAAUCGAAAUAAAUUUUAUGUAAUUAAAAUUCAUACAGCAAUAUAAUUAAGCCGAUCUGUACUAUAACGGUAUUACAAAAUAAAUGUCAAAAUAUACUUACAAUUACGUUUGUUUCAGAGUACCUAGCAUCAAUGGCGCUAAAUGGGAACCAGUGAGAAAGGAGUUCGUGUAUUACGAUAUCAAUGGUGCAGAUGAUAUUCAGAAACGUGUAGAAACAGACUUUCAUAUAAAGAAAUUCUGGGACAGCUUAGAACUUGUAGAAAAUGAUAAGCUUACUACUAAGAAAGAUGAGUUGUAAAUGAGUAUGUUUAAUUUUUUAAUGUACAAUUUAUUUUACACCUUUUGAUGGUGCAUACAGGGUGCCCAAGAUAAAAAACGUGUGAAAAUAUUCAAUAUAUACAAUAUAUUACAAAAUCGUGGCAAUAAAUACAAAUUCACUAAAUAAAAAAUAUAUGCAGUUUUUCCUAUGUGGUGCCUAGAUAACUAAAUAUCUGUACGCACCAAUAUUAGAUGAUGGGUAAUGUAACAUAAUAGUGAAUAAUAAAUAAAUAAAACAAAUUAAAUCCAAGUCAAAUAAUUAUUUGAAAAUUAUAUGUAAUACUAAGUGACAUAUAAAUCCAAACACCCA